AUGCCGCGCACCCAUCGUAACCUAUUUGAAUUCAAAAUCGACACAUCAACCCUGCUGAGCCUCCUUUUCGGCCCUGCUUCCCCUCCUUUCCCUCUUACCCCCCUCUGUAUCGUCUCCUUUCCCCCCCUGCAUGUCCUCCUUCCCGCCCCUGCUUCCCCUCCUUUCCCCCCUUGCUUUCCCUCCAUCCCGCCCCUGCUUCCCUUUUUCCCCCCCUACUUUUCCUCCUUUCCGCCCCUGCUUCCCCUCCUUUCCCCCUCUUCCUUCCCCUCUUUUCCCUCCUACCUCCACCCUGUAUCCCCUCCUUUCACCCCUGCUUUUCCUCCUUUCCGCCCUUGCUUCCCCUCCUUUCCCCCACUUUCUUUCCCUCCUUCCCCCACCUUGCUUCCCCUCCUUUCCCCCACUUUCUUCCCCACCUUUCCCCCAAUUUCUUCCCCUCCUGUCCCCCACUUUCUUCCCCUCCUUUCCCCCAAUUUCUUCCCCUCAUUUCCCCCACUUUCUUCCCCUCCUUUCCCCCACUUUCUUCCCCUCCUUUCCCCCACUUGCUUCCCCUCCUUCCCCCACCUUGCUUCCCCUCCUUUCCCCCACUGCAUCCCUCCUGUCCCCAACUGCAUCCCUCUACCCUCCCAACACCCUUAUAUUCCUCACCAUCUGCCCUCUUCACCUUCAUUUUUCCCGGCCCUUCCAUCCCAUCCCUCUCGUCCCUUUCAUCUCCCUGCCAACACACCUGUCAAGACACUGGCAGGGUGGGCCCUUCACGUCUCCACUCCUUGCCUUCACAUCUCCACUCCCUGCCUUCACAUCUCCACUCCCUACCUUCACCUCUCCACUCCCUGCCUUCACAUCUACACUCCCUGA